CUAAGAAAAAAUAAAAACAACCAAUGUGAGAAGAGGUAAUUACAAAAACAAUCAGGAUUUUAAGUUACUGAACACUGACGUCCAAACUACUAAGUUUCAGUUUUUGGCGUACGCUCCUGCUACCUUAACGUGAUAAUUAACCAUGUAUAUUAAGAUAACCCAGCGAAAUUUGGUGGUGGUGACAUUCGCUUCAUACUGAAAAUGUUCCCUGAAUAAUGAUAAUAAAAAAAGCAGUUACUUCUAAAGUUUAAGUUCAUAAACUAUGACGGGAGUUCGAGAGCAAAGUCGCACAAAUGGUUGGAAAAAACGUGACAGCAAUAAGGCGUUUCCCGUGGACGACUAGUAAUAGCAUGCUACUGCUAUCUUUCCCAUUUGAAGGUCGGUCAGAAAAGAACGGCCAAAGAAAGAAGACUCUGCCUUAUGAAACGGUAUUCCGUGCCCGUAAUAUUGAUUUUCUAGCUGAAUUGAGGUCGACUGAAGCUAAACCUCAAAAUUCCAAAAAGGCCCUAUAUAACCGGCAUCAAGUAGAAGUCCAACAGACUCUAUCGUCACGUGGCACAAUUAUUAAUGCAACUUCUCUCUCAGGUACAUCAAGAAAAAACAAUUUCCCAUACUGUGGAUAACCUGG